AACAUGUUUUCAUAGAAACGAGCUUUAUAUCUAUGACUGUUGUAUUUUGUGGAUGCAAGCCGCAUACAAUUCUAAAGGAAUUGCCUGGACCAAUAGUACGGAGACGGACUCUGCGUCCGCUUUCUGAUUGGCUACAGAAAUAGAUUCUGACGAAAGCAAUUGGGCGUGCUGAGUUGUCGCCUCACUGUGGGAUGUACAAAGAUUUGGGGCCGCACAGUCAUUAGCAAAAGCGAUGGUAACCGAGUUACGGCUGUCUUACAGCCUGAGCUGUGCCGCCACUUAUCGUUCCCACUCAUAAGAAAACCAGCCGAAAACGACGGUUGAAGAUGGACAUACCGUUUGAGGACUUGGCCAGGCUCCUGGCUAACAUGAGUGGUUCGGAGGGCCGUGAGCUGCUGGAGUCCAUCAGCAUGCAGCGCUACCGCCUGUCCCGGCCUGUCAUCGGCCUGAUUGUCCUGGCGUACUCCCUGGUAUUCCUCCUAUGCGUUAUUGGAAAUAUCCUUGUUCUGAUCGUCGUGAUCCGGACACCGAGAACCAGAACUAUUACCAACUACUUCAUUCUGAACUUGACCAUCAGCGACCUGCUAGUGGGGAUCUUCUGUGUGCCGUUCACGCUGGUCAAUCACAUUUUCACAGAGAACCAGUUUGGUGACGGCCUGUGCAAGUUUACACCUCUCAUCCAGGGCGUGGCUAUCGGAGCUUCUGUCUUCACCUUAACCGCCAUCGCACUGGACAGACACCGUCUGAUCAUCCACCCAACAGAGCGUAAGCUGACAGUGAAGGAAGCAUUUGGCAUUAUCACUGCCAUUUGGAUUUUCUCCCUGACAAUCAUGAUUCCUCAGGUUUUCAUCAGACGUGACGAAGUCAUCAUGAUUCUGGGGCAUGGCAUGCACAUCUGCGGCGAGUUCUGGCCCUCUGUCGAAGCCAAGCAGAUCUACAGCGGCUUCUUAUUCGUCUUGUGCUACAUGGGCCCCCUACUCCUAAACGCCUGCCUCUACGUCAAGAUCGGCCUGACUCUGUGGUAUAAAAAGCCGGUGGUGAAAACACCCAUGGCCGCUGCCGAUGCCAAAAAGAAGCGCCGAGUUGUAAAGAUGUUGAUCAUGAUUGUGUCGCACUUCGCGCUGUCAUGGCUACCCUUGUACACGUGUUGGAUGUUAGAUGACUUCAAUGCUUUGUCCGUGUCUCACUCAGAGACCAUGCAUGAUUACGUCUAUCCAGCGGCCCACUGGCUAGCGUUUACCAACAGUGUGGUUAACCCAAUAGUGUACGGAUACUUCAAUAAUCAUCUCAGAGAGAACUUCAAGAAUGUUAUUAGCAUGAAAACGGUAAACAACAGCACGAUGAACAAAACUAGGGAAACAUUGUAAAGAGGAGCGAGGGGCGAUGACUACGCGCUGAAUAAGCCCUUUCACAGAGGUUAGAACGCAUGUACGUCGACGGGAAUUAUAGGUAAUAUGUCAAAGGGUAAUUAGGACCCGAAAUUGUAAAUAGUCUUUGUCUCGACCAUUGUUUGGAUUUGCAUAACAAUGUCCAGACGGGUUUUGUUUUCAAUUUCGGGGCCUUACAGUUUGAUAUAUGACCUAAAAUUGUAACAUGCGUUCUGAACUCAUUUUCUGUGAAAAGGCUUUAUAUGUCUUCACACAAUAAGUUAUGCAUAUAACAGGCGAUGCGUUCCGCGUAUGAAAUACAGAUAAAUGUAAUAGAUAAUCGUAUUUCUUUCAUAGACGACAGUUGACAUACUUGUGCAUUGUUCUUUUUCGUUUUUCUCUGUGGUGCAUGUUAUGAUGUGUUUAGUUGCUCAUACAUACCCUCCCUCGCCUUGAGGAGGCCGUGUCGUUCUGCAGUUCAGUCAGAAGUACGAUGUCACGUGUCGGUAAACGUCUGUGCAAAAUACGAACUUUGUUAACUGUUGAGUCUGAAACAAAGGAAAACUUUUUAAAAUUAUGCACGACUGUGUGGGCAGAAACCGCCAUCUUUGCUGUUUCUCUGCAUCAAAACGCUAAAAAAAGAUGGAAUAUUCUUCUAUAAUUCUGUACUUCCGUAUUUCUUGGAACACAAUCAUGCCGUGAUCUAAAUUAGAUAUUUGCAAAAUGUAUCUAGUGUUAAUUACGAUAUCAUUUUCACAAAUGUUCAACAAAGUUUUCGCUGUCAUGUUUGAUCAUUUAGUUUGUUUUUGCGUUUAGAUGUUAUGUGACGUCACAGAUUAUCUGAGUUAGCUUGUUGGUGAGCUAGUGGCUACUUAAUAUAACGCUGAUGGCUAAGAUGGUUAUCUUAUUAUGUGUUUUCUAUGUAUCACCACGAGUAUUUACCUUCGCCAAGAAGGUUAUAUUUUGGGUAGCGUUCGUAUGUGUCUAUGUUUGUAUGUAUGUUUGUAUGUGGAAGACCAGCAUAACUUGAGAACGCCUAGAUGGAUUGUGUUGAUAUUCGGUAUGCUUGUAUAAUAUUUCGAUUGCUUUAUGUAUCAUGAAGCUUAAAAGAUUUGGACACAUCUGUAUAACGUUAACAUUUGUCAUUAACCAGAGAAUUAAAGUAAGAGAUAGAUAUUCAUAUGUACUAUGUAUAUUUUUGGUGAUAAAAUCUGUGUAAUAUAUCUCACCUGCCAUGCAAGUGAACAUUGAAAAUCUAGUUUGUAUAUGUAUUCACACGGAAAGAUAUUGUAUGACACGAUCAACUUUACUCAUGUCAUCUAAACGAUUAUUAGUUUAUAUUAGCCACUUGUGAGGUAAAGUUACAUAUCUAGUUCAGUGUAACAAAUGUAACAGCUAUCAUUGGUAAUUUU